AUGGAUGCGCCAUUUAUUUUCACUAAUAUUAAUAUAAAAGUUUGUUGCGACCGUCAAGUUUCUAUUACUAUUGAUUGUAGUAUUUUCCCCCAGACCUGUCUUUACAUUGAUGGAAAAAUGGUUGGUGAACGAGAACAGACUGAUCUUGGCAAGUUUAUCCAGUCUGGGGGCAGUCAGCCAGAUCCUUCUAAAUUAUCUAAGGCUGGUCACGGAAAAAUUGCUUAUUCUGGUAAAUCAUUAACAUAUAAUAAAAAAGUUGAAAAG